AUUCAUCCCAAAGAGCAAAAGCGCACUCAGGUCAAGGGUGCCAAAAACGCUUUACUUCCUGGUGGUACUGACACUUGAUACUGACGCCUCUUCCUUUUCUUAGUCAAAACAGCAGUAAACCGACGUCUUUCUCUUCCUCUUCUAUGUCAAAUGUCACUACCUCUGUGUUUGAUUCAUUUAUCUUUGAGAGGAUGGAUCGUGUCCUGACCAGUCUGCUGCUCCCAUCUCUUUGUGCCACCUCAUCCUGGAGCGCUGCAUCAGACAAACUAGUUGUGUCUCAGAGUCCAGAUGUUUCUGUCACAGAGGGGGAGAUGGUGAAGAUCAGCUGCUGCUGGACAGGGAACAUUGGAAGAGUUAGAGUGAACUGGUUGAAAAGUCAAACACAAAACAAAGAAGAUCUGUACAUGAAGAAUCAAGCUCAAGUGUUUGCAAGAAAGGAGGAAAACAACUGUUCAACUCUGACCUUUCCAAAUAUCUCAAGAGAAGAUGCAGGUACAUACGUCUGCAAGGUGACUAUAGAGAUACCAGUUUUAUCUGUAGCUCUUGGAAACGGUACAGUCAUCACAGUUACAUCCAACAAUGAAACAUCUGGAGAAACCUCUGAUAAAACAGCUGGAGACAAAGCUAGAGAUUCUCACCAGAAAGAAGAAGAAGUGCUCAUUCAUGUCCUGAGGUGUCUGCCCAUCCUCACCCUCAUCAUCACCUUCUUCUGCCUCUACUACGUAGGGACUAAAGCUCAGAGGAAAGCAACAGGACAUGAACCAGCUCCGGCCCAAAGAAGAAAGGAAGACCAGGAGGAGGAAGAGGAGAGAGAAGAAAGAGUGGUAUAAGCAGCAGGAGAGUCAGAAACGCUGGAAAGAAGUGAAACGAACUCAGCUGAUGAUCUGUGAAUAGUUGUGUAAACACUUCUGUGGACCAAUUUUUGUUUUUUUCCCUCAGUUGCUAGCUAGCUCUACCACCUCCAAUAAAACAUGAAACUUAAUUUCACACUGCAUGUUCUCCCUGUGUCUGUGUGGGUUUUCUCCACGUACUCCGGCUUCCUCCCACCUCCAGAGACAUGCUAGUUAGGCUGAUUGAACAGGAAAUGGAAAAAGCUGCCCACGGUAUUUCCUGAUUUAUUUCCUGUGUUGAGUUCACGGAGAGUGAGGAUACACUAGGUAUGUAGAUAGGUAAUAUUUUACAGAAAAUAUAAGUUUAAGUACAUUUUAUGUGUUGUUUGAUGUAUUAUUGAUCUUGUCCUUCUGUUCAAUAUGUACAGUUAUGCACUCAGAAGUUUUUUUUUCUUUUUUUCCAGGCUAAACAUGAGCAUUUCCUGGGUACAGCACCAGGGUUUUAACAAAUUGUACUGUAGAAAUAAAAUUAAAGUUGUGUCUUGCU